CAGCCAUGAAGAUCGCAGCGGUAGUCCUUGCACUGGCUGGCUUUGCUCUGGCGCAAUCUGACUCUGAUAACCGACCAUAUGAACUUCUCAUACACAAAGAUGGCCCUGUCUGCUCCUUCGUGUCCCUACAGAAGAGCCAAAUCCAUAAGGACCUUCUUUCCAAUCCCAAUGGUCGCAUUUCCUGGAAGACCCGCGUGCCCACAGGGGAAAACUCUGCAUCGGAUGUUCAUCACGUACUAUCAUAUGACAAGGAUUUGCUCGAUGCUCAUGCAGAAUCAUUGUGCCCCUUGGGCAUUGGGCGGGAUCUCCGAACUUCAUUGGAUAUUCACAGAUACGCAGGUUCCCAGCAAGUGUUUAAGCAGUUCGAGCAUGCGGAUCAUGACCCACCUUCGUUGAAAUACCCACCACUCGAUAUCGAAGCGCUUGGAGACACUGGACCGUCGUCCAACAGGGUGGACCUCGUCUUCUUUGCUGACGGAUACACUACAGGAGAGCGGGAUAAAUUCUUCUCUGACGCAAAGCGCCUCGCAGAAGACCUGUCGUCAAAUCAGACAUUUUACACUGUCAAGCCCUUGCUUAACUUCUGGGGUGCGUUUACACCGAGCAAGGAGAGUGGGAUAGGUGUAGGUGGGAAGCCCAAAGAUACGGCGUUUGGCUUGUACCGUGACGGACCCGAACUCCGAGGCGUUUUGGCCAACAAGUCCGAUGCAGCACUUGCUGGGUGCGCUUCUCUGGGUGAUGGAUGCGACUAUGCAAUCGUAUUAGGCAAUGACCCGUUGUACGGAGGCAUUGGUGGCGAGUAUACCUCUAUCACUGCAUCAGAAGCAAACGGCCCUCUCGUCCUCCGCCACGAACUUGGUCACUCUAUCAUUGAUGUUGGUGAAGAAUACGAUGGAGGCUAUGCCUAUUUUGGUGUCAACGCAGCCCCUUCGACCCCCUCAAUCGGGUGGUCUCACUGGCUAUCUGAUCCCGAUGCUGCAAAUGGGCCCGUUCGCGCCGAGCGCUCUGUCAUGCCACUGCAGGCGUACCCAUGGACCAUGAUGAAGGCUUACGAACCAUGGAAAGUCAAGUUCAACUCGUCGGGAACAUAUGCUAGGCAUCUCAUCAAGUUUUCACUCUCGGGCAUACCGGAGGCGAAAGACUUGGAUAUUCUGCUCGAUGGGAAGCAUUUGAAGUGGAGUCCGAAACCUGGUAUUGGGAUUGACCGAUGGCAUUACGAUAUUUACAACGAUAUCCCACUCUCUGACGGCACACAUGAAGUGCAAUUCGUGCUGAAGAACAGCGACAGGACCACGGCGCAGCUAUGCAGCGUUGAGGUGCUUGAAUUUGGAGAUGAGAAAGAGUUUGUUAAUGAUCCAAGCUACUACGGUGCAUUCCCGACAUUCGACCUCGACAACAAAACCACCUACCGCCCAACAUACAACAGCUGCCUCAUGCGCAUGGUCACCUCCCCCGACUUCUGCUCAGUCUGUCUCGAAGGCCUAUGGCUCUCUCUCCUCGCGCGCGUCGACCUCAUCGACUCUGUCUCUGCCUCCUGCGUUCCGCCCUCCUGGGGCCCAGACUGGACGCGCUCCAUAUCUCUCGAUCUCCUCCCGCUCGCGCAGUUCCGGGAGGACGGGCAGAGCGGGAAGGACAGAGGGGAGGCGUACGCGGUGACGUGGCGCAAGGGUGGGGUCGUACUGGAGGUGCACGCGAACAAAACGGCGCUCGCGGUACCAGAUUCGGCGGCGCCGGGGGUGUAUACGGCCGAGGUGGAGUUUAUGACAGAUGAAGUGAGGAAGGACGAGAAGGGGCGGCUGAAGGCGAGUAAGGUGUUUGUGCUUGAUCAUACGGAUUCGUGUGCCGCUAAGGCUGCGAGGGGCGAACUUUGAGGAAUGUCGGGCAUGGGGUGCAGAUUCCGGAAGAAGUGGAUUAAUUGAAGUAUAGUCUAUGAUAUCAGCCUGAAGGACGGUGCUAGUAUUCAAAGCUGCUAGCCUCAAUGCAUGUGUAAACUAGUUGUAAG